GUCUCCCAUGAGGUGAUUCACGGAGGGACCUCAGAGCUCGCGGCCCUCUUGCUCUGCCCCUGAGUAGACGUCUCAGGCUGGGCCGCCGGCCCCAAGGGGUGCCCUGGGAAACGGCAGGGUCUGCCGCCUGUGAUGAAAGUGUCCGCUCUCAGGGAAGGCACUGCCAUGGCUUCCCCACCGCCCCGGGAGACGGAGGAGGAGCUGGGAUCUGCUGGCUCCGAGCCAGGUGACCCUCGGGCCAAACCCCCCGUGAAGCCCAAACCCCGGGCCCUGCCUGCCAAGCCAGCCCUGCCUGCCAAGCCCAGCCUGCUGGUGCCUGUCGGGCCUCGGCCCCCCCGGGGUCCCCUGGCUGAGCUGCCUUCUGCCCGGAAGAUGAACAUGCUGGCCGGACCCCAACCCUAUGGUGGCAGCAAGCGUCCUCUUCCCUUUGCACCAAGGCCUGUGGCUGAGGCCUCUACUGGAGGAGAAGCCACUCGAGAGAUUGGGAAAGAGGAGGCUGGGAAAGAAGAGAUGCCCCCUUUGACACCCCCAGCUCGAUGUGCUGCCCCAGGAGGUGUGCGGAAGGCCCCCGCCCCCUUCCGUCCAACCUCAGAGCGCUUUGCAGCCGCCACGGUGGAAGAGAUCCUGGCCAAGAUGGAACAGCCUCGGAAGGAGGUCCCUGCCAGCCCUGAUCGCCUCUGGGGCUCCCGCCUCACCUUCAACCACGAUGGCAGCUCAAGAUAUGGCCCCAGGACCUAUGGUGUGGCCACUACUGGUCCCAGGGAUGAGGACAGUGGGACCCUCUGCAGGGGAUGGUCCCAGGAGGGGCCAGCCAAGUCUCCCAGCGAGUGCCAGGAAGAGCCCAGCAAGACCCCUGAGGAGAGGAGUGCCCCUUUGGACCUGGCCUUCAACGGGGACCUGGCUCAGCCGGCCGGCUCGGACCCACCUGCUGAUAUCUCCAAGCCCUGGGACCCCUCGAGUCCAGGCCCUGCCUCCGAGAAUGCAGGCUCUGCUAGCCCAGGUCUCCCCACGGAAGUCUCAGGCCUGGGCCCUGGGUCUCCCCGACAUCGCUCACCCGAUGAGGGGUCUCCCCGACUUCGCUCACCUGAUGAGAGCUCUCCCCACCACUCUCAGCUUCCGGAAGCCCAGAGUCCCACAGUUUCUGGGCCCUCUCCCUGCCUCCCUGUGACCCCAGCAUCCCCAACUGUAGCCCUGCCCGAUGAGAGUCAGAGCUCCUGCUGUUCCCCGAGCUUAGGGCUUCCUGCUGUGGCAGCCCCAGAGGCCCCUGCAAAUGGCAGCCUGGCCCUUGAGAGCAUCUCAGGGCACCAUGGCCUGGAGAAGCCCCCAGCUACCUCUGCCCAGCCCCUGCCUGAGGGGAGUGACUUGCUGGAUCUUCCUCGGACGUUUCCAUCUGGGGAUGUGGUAGCCAGGGGUGACCAAGACCGUCCUCCCAACAGCCUGGCUCAGCGCCGAUUUUCUGAAGGUGUGCUCCGGCCGCCUGGCCAAGACCAGGAGAAGCUGGGGGGCUCACUGGCUGCUCUGCCCCAAACCCAGGGGAGCCAGUCUGCCCUGGAUCGUCCCUUUGGGAGUGGGACAGAGUCCAACUGGAGCUUGUCCCAGUCCUUUGAAUGGACCUUCCCUACUCGGCCUUCGGGUCUGGGGGUGUGGCGGCUGGACUCCCCACCUCCCUCCCCCAUCACUGAAGCCACUGAGGCUGCUGAGGCCGCUGAGGCUAGUGACUGGGCUGCAUCCAGCAGAGAGGAAGGAGCGUCCCAGCAGGGGCGAGGGACCCAGUCAGCUCCAGAGGGGCCAGGAAGUCCUGGUUCCCAGGUGCAGGCGGAUGAUCCAGGCAUCUCCCCAACCCAGAAGGGUGAUGGGGAGAGUCAACCUCAGUUGCCAGUUGAUCCCCUCAAGCCCUUAUCACCACCUGGGGGUCCACCUGGAGUGGCCUUGCUGCAGGCAGAGGAGAGAUAUGAGGAGCGGGAGCCCCUGGCAGGACAGGAGUCUCUGCUCCCUCUGACCACCAGGGAGGCUGCUCUGCCCAUUCUGGAGCCAGUCCUGGGGCAGCAACAGCCAGCACCCCCUGACCAGCUCUGUGUCCUCUUUGCGGAUACCCUUGACCCCCAGCAGGCAUUGCCUGCUGAGGAGGAGGCCAUGACCUUGGCCCAGGCUGAGGCCACCCAAUCCAGGACAGAAGGUCGAGACCCUUGUAGUGUGUCCCCCGAGCCUGCAGGCCCCGACAGCAGCUCCCGCUGGCUGGACGACCUCCUGGCCUCGCCACCACCUAGUGCUGGCAGCACAAGGCGGGGAGCUGGAUCCGAACUGAAAGACACACAGACCCCAGGUGCCUGCUCUGAGGGACUCCUUGGCUGGGCCCAGAAAGAUCUGCAGAGUGAAUUUGGGAUUACCGCAGACCCACCUCCUGGCAGUUUUAGUCCUUCCAGCUGGUCACAAGACACUUCUCACAACUAUGGCCUUGGGGGUGCAAGCCCUAGAGGGGACCCAGGCCUCGGAGGAGAAGGGGACUGGACUGACAAGCAUGGGCAGGGAGCAGGGGAAGGGAGCACCAGGGAGUGGGCCAGCAGGUGUGGCAUGGGCCAGGACAGUGUGGAGGUCACCGGCCGGAAUGGCAGUGGAGUGUCGGCCCCGGGGGCCCUUGCAGCCCAGGACUGGGUGAUUGGAAAGCCAUCCCAGCUGGGUGCUCAGCAGAGCCAGGAGGCAGAUGUUCAGGACUGGGAGUUCAGAAGGAGGGACUCCCAGGGCACCUACUCCAGCCGGGAUGCGCAACUCCAAGACCAGGAAUUUGGGAAGAGAGACUCGUUGGGUACUUACAGCAGUCGAGAUGUAAGCCUUCAGGACUGGGAAUUUGGGAAGAGAGAUUCUCUGGGAGCUUAUGGCAACCAGGAUACAGAUGAGCAGAGCCAGAACUUGGGGAAAAAGGACCUCCUUGGCAGGUAUGGCAGCCAGGAUGCAGACGGGGAGGACCAGGAGUUUGGGAAGAGAGAGUCUUCACGCGGCACCUAUGGCAGCCGGGGCGCAGAGCAGCCGGAUCAGGAUUUCGGGAAAAGCGCCUGGCUGAGGGACUACAGCAGUGGCAGCUCCACAGCCCCCGGCCCCCAGGACAGAGGCUUCGGGAUGAGAGCCCUGAGCGCUGGCUUCAGCCCUGAGGAAGCCCAACAGCAGGAUGAGGAGUUUGAGAAGAAGGUCCCGAGUGGUGGAGACAGCCCAGGCGACACCAGCAGGGACGCAGGCCAGCCUGAAGAGAGAGAGUCCGGGGGCCUGUUCAGCCCUAGCACCCCCCUGUCCCAGGACGGGCCACUGGCACAGAGAGACCAGAGCAGCUGGCAUGGUGGCGGGGCUGGCCAGGAGGCUGGUGGGCAGCAGGGGAGGCAGCAGGCGGGGGGCCAGAGCCCCGGCAAUGCUGGCCAGGAAGACAGGGAGGUGGGCCACCGAGGCUGGGGGGGUGACUUCGGCCUUGGCGUCGUCUCCCAGCCCGAGGCCACCUUCAGCCCGGGCCAGCGAGAUUGGAGCGGUGACUUCUGCACGGAGGCUUCCGAGAGAGGCCACCAGUUUGGCAUCAUCGGUGACGACCGGGCAAGCGGUGCUGCCCUGAGCCCUCCUGGCCAGAUGGCCGGGGGCCGCUUUGUGCUUCCGGAGAAGACCUCAGCUGGGCCCGUGGACUGGAGCGACCAGCUGGGCCUCAGGAACUUGGAGGUGUCCAGCUGUGAGGGUUCUGGGGGCUCGAGUGAGGCCAGGGAGGAAGCUGUGGGACACCUGGGCUGGUCAGACAAGCUGGGCCUGAGAGAUGUGGACCUGGCCGGCCGUUUGGAGGCUGGAGGGUCUGAGGAGCCCAGGGGGUUUGGAGUCGGGGAGAAGGAGGACUGGACCUCUGAUGUUGGGGUGAGGAGCAGAGAUCUGGCUGGUGUCGGAGAGGUAGGGGGCCCCAGCCAGGCCAGAGAGAGUGGCGUGGGGCAGACUGACUGGUCUGGUGUGGAAGCCGGAGAGUUCCUUAAAUCAAGGGAGCGUGGGGUGGGGCAGGCCGACUGGACGCCAGAUCUCGGGCUGAGAAGCAUGGGCCCGGGGGCAGGCUGCAGCCCCAGACAGCUUGGGGCCGGCCAGGUGGACUGGGGCAGCAGUCUGGGCCUGAGGAAUUUGGAGGUGCCAUGUGACCCCGAGUCUGGAGGUUCUCAGGACCCACGGGGAUGUGGAGUGGGCCAGAUGGACUGGACCCAAGACUUGGGACUCCGGGAUAUGGAGCUCUCAGGGGCCCCGAGUGAAGUCAGGGAGCGUGGGGUGGGAGAGGUCAGCCAGUGCCCAGACCUAGGGCUCAGGGACAGCAGGGCCUUGUCCCUGGGCCUGGAGGCCAGAGAGCAGGGGCCUGGCGAGACAAGCGGGCCAGAGACCCAGGGUGAAGACCCCCCUGCACCUUCCCCAGAGACCUGCCCUGAGGAUCCCGGGAUGGAGGCUGGAGAAUCCCCUGGCUUUGGAAACAGUCCUGCCGGCUGCCCGGCCCGCUCCCCGCCCUCUGGCUCCCAGGGCCUGCUGGAGGACAUGCUGGCCACCAGCAGCUCCAGGGUGGCAGUCCGUAGGGGGUCAGCGGCCUCGGGCCCCAGGGGCCUGUUGGAGGAGGACGGAGCCACAGUGGGUGCCGACACAGGGGAGCCCCUCGAGCCUAGCGGGGCCCCUCUGCUUUCCUGGAGGCCGCAGCCUGAUGGUGAGGCCAGCCAGAUGGAAGAGGUGGACGGCACCUGGAGCCCUUCAGGGGUCGGGCAGGGCGCCCAGGGCCCGACACGGCCCCCUCGGCGGCCCCCUCAGGGCCCUCCACCCCGCUCUCCCAGUCAGGACUUCUCCUUCAUUGAGGACACCGAGAUCCUCGACAGCGCCAUGUACCGGAGCCGAGCCAACCUGGGGCGCAAGCGUGGGCACCGGGCCCCGGCCAUUCGGCCCGGGGGCACCCUGGGCCUCUCGGAGGCAGCCGACUCGGACGCACGCCUGUUCCAGGACUCUACGGAGCCACGGGCUUCUCGGGUGCCGUCUUCAGACGAGGAGGUGGUGGAGGAGCCUCAGAACCGCCGGACACGGAUGUCCCUGGGCACCAAGGGGCUGAAAGUCAACCUGUUUCCUGGCCUGAGCCCGUCAGCCCUGAAGGCCAAGCUGCGCCCCCGGAACCGCUCAGCUGAGGAGGGGGAGUCUGCGGAGAACAAGCCAAGCCAGAAGGAGUCCGCGGUGCAGCGUUCCAAGUCUUGCAAGGUCCCCGGGCUGGGGAAGCCCCUUGCGUUACCUCCCAAGCCAGAGAAAUCCUCAGGGUCAGAAGGAUCAUCACCCAACUGGCUACAAGCCCUGAAGCUGAAGAAGAAGAAGGUCUGAGAAGUCCUCGAGGUCCUUCCAUCUGGCAGUCUCAGGCAAUGCCCAUUCCUGUGGGGUCCCCGGCGAGGAGACGGCUGGAGCCCCACCAGGCCCCAGGCUGCAGCCUCUGUCCCCUCCACGUCUGAGGAGCGUCUGGGGAGGCACAUUUAUGCACUUUGUAUCCCCCUGCCCUUCCUGACUCCCCCCCACUCCCUCCUGACCAGAUUCAGGCAUUAGUGGUUGAAGGUUUGGUCCCUCCUCCCUCGCUCUCGACACCCCCCUCUCUGCUUCCUCCUCCAGCCUCCCCCGGGUUUUCUUUUGAUAUCAAUUUAUAGCAUUUUUUAUAAAAGCCUUUGAUUUUUGUAACGGGCGGAGCCCUGCCCCCGCCCAGGCCUCCCUCCGUCCUGCCAGGUGCCCCACAGAGACCAAUAACAUUUUGCCACUUGAAACAAUAAAGUUUUUUGGGAAUUGGU